GGGCAGAUCUAGGGCAGGGGGAGAUCAAGUAAGGGCAGGCUAAGCAUCCCAAGGGGUGCCCCAAGAGUAAGGCCCAGGGGCGGGGAGCCAAGGGGGCGGGCCGGCUAUGUCCCACGGGACCUACUAUGAGUGUGAGCCCCGGGGUGGCCAGCAGCCACUUGAAUUUUCAGGAGGCCGAGCUGGACCCGGGGAGCUAGGGGACAUGUGUGAGCAUGAGGCCUCCAUUGAUCUCUCUGCCUACAUCGAGUCUGGGGAGGAGCAGCUACUCUCGGACCUUUUUGCCAUGAAGCCAGCACCUGAGGGCCGAGGCCUUAAGGGUCCUGGAACUCCUGCCUUCCCCCACUACCUGCCGCCUGACCCACGGCCCUUUGCUUACCCUCCACAUACCUUCGGGCCAGACAGGAAGGCAUUGGGGCCUGCCGUCUACAGCAGCCCAGGGAGCUAUGACCCCAGGGCUGUGGCUGUAAAGGAGGAGCCUCGCGGGCCAGAGGGCAGUCGAGGUGCCAGCCGAGGUGGCUACAAUCCCCUGCAGUAUCAAGUGGCACACUGUGGACAGACGGCCAUGCACCUGCCCCCAACCCUGGCAGCACCCAGUCAGCCCCUGCGUGUCCUCAAGGCCCCUCUGGCCGCUGCUGCGCCCCCCUGCAGUCCCCUCCUCAAGGCACCCUCCCCAGCUGGCCCUUCGCACAAGGGCAAGAAAGCAGUGAACAAAGACAGCCUUGAGUACCGGCUGCGGCGAGAGCGAAACAACAUCGCUGUGCGCAAAAGCAGGGACAAGGCCAAAAGACGCAUUCUGGAGACGCAGCAGAAGGUGUUAGAGUACAUGGCAGAGAAUGAGCGCCUGCGCAGCCGCGUGGAGCAGCUCACCCAAGAGCUGGACACCCUCCGCAACCUCUUCCGCCAGAUCCCUGAGGCUGCCAACCUCAUCAAGGGUGUGGGGGGCUGCAGCUGAGCCUGCUGAUGGACUGUGGGCCACUGGCCUAACCCUGGGGAACCCCACCCUCCUGGGACGCUAGAGCCUUUCACAGUCUAAACCCAAGACAUAGACCAUAGACAAUGGCAGAGGGUGACUAGGGAUGGCAGAAUCCAUAAUGAUUCUGUGGCUGAAUAAAUUGCACUGUGACUUGG